AUGCAUCUUUAUCAUCCAUUGUCACAUCAUUAUAUCCUUGUUAAAGUGUUUGGAUAUUUAACAAAUCAACGAGACAUUUAUAAUUGUACACUAGUUAACACGCAAUGGAAUACUUCAGUGUCGCCAUUCUUAUAUCGUGCACCAAAAUUCACUAGUCGAGCAAAAUUUUCGUCUUCAUUAACAAAAUAUUUCCAAACCAUAAAGAGUGCCAAAGAUGAGCAGACGUUUCAACCAUAUCAUGAAAUGCUACGUGAAUGGAAUCUUAAAUAUGCUAAGGUAGCUUGUGAUAUAGCGGUAUGUUGUCCAAAUAUUGAAAAACUUGGGUGUGUUGAUGGAGGAUUUCUUCUCGGUGAUAAUUUGAAUAGAAAAAAUUUAUUAAAGGCUUGGACCAGAUUGAAAUCCAUCACAUUAUAUCAUAAUUGUGGAACAGACUUGAUCCUUGAGGCCAUUAGAAUGAAUUGCAGUCGUUUGGAAGAAUUAAUAUUAUGUAAUUGUCCUGUAACUGAUAUUGGACUAAUUGAAGUUUUCAAGACUAUUAGAGGAUUGAAAUUAUUGAGAUUUAAUCAUUGUAAUGAAAUUUCAAAUCAAAGUUUAAUCAUGAUGUCGAAAUAUUGUAAUUCGUUAGUUAGGUUGGAUUUGAUUAAUUGUAAUAGAUUAAAUGAUAAUGGAAUACUAGCACUUGCAGAUUCUUCUCAUCUCGCGACUAAUUUACGUUCGCUUUAUCUUGAAGCUUUAAAUAUCGAUCAAAAUACUUUAUUAAUUCUAGCUAGAAAUAUUAUGAAUUUACGAGAAUUAUAUUUGAGAACCUUAGUAUCCUUCGGUGAUGAAGUCAUUACUGCUUUUAAUUGUUUGGAACAAUUAACGUUACACUGUCCUAGAAUUAAUGGUUGGAAUAUCAAUGAAGCCAUAAGAAUAAGGGAAUUGUCCCUGUUUAUGACAAAUAUUAAAUUGCAAGAAUUGAACGCUAUUUGCAAAACUUGUCACCACCUAGAAAAGUUUACUUUGGAUGUUAAACAAAUCCUCGCAUUUUCUUUUUCCAUGAAUAAGCAAACCGUAUCCAGUGUAAUUGAAAAACGAACAAAGUUUUCACCGCUUAACAAUGCAAAAUUGUGCGCUUGGGAAGCUUUGGAAUUAUUAAAUACUUUGAUUGACGACUCUGAUCCUGAUACGCAACUUUCCCAAAUCGAACAUUGUUUACAGACCGCCGAAUCCCUAAGAAAGGAUGGUCAACCUAGAUGGUUAAUUUUAACUGGAUUGAUACACGAUCUAGGUAAACUCUUGUUUUUCUAUGGAGCCGAAGGACAAUGGGAUGUGGUUGGAGACACAUUUCCUGUUGGAUGCAGAUUCUCUCCAUCGAUAAUUUUUCCAGAGUUCUUCAAGAAUAAUCCUGAUUAUACCAAUCCGAAAUAUAACACAUUAUACGGGAUAUACGAACCAAAUUGUGGCUUAGAUAAUGUGCUUAUGUCUUAUGGUCACGACGAAUACAUGUAUCAAGUUGUAAAAAAUUAUUUACCAGCCGAAGCCAGUUAUAUAAUUAGGUAUCACUCAUUUUACGCACAACAUCGUGAAAAUGCUUAUACCCAUUUGAUGAAUGAAACCGAUCAUGAAAUGAUGAAAUGGGUUAAAAUCUUUAACCCUUUUGACUUGUACUCGAAAAGUGAUCAACCCCCUAACAUUCAUGAAUUAAAACCUUACUACCUUGAAUUGAUUCGUGAAUAUUUCCCUGAAAAAAUUUGUUGGUAA